GGCGCUGUGACGAUCUUAGCUCAACUGUAAAAGCGCUGCAGAAAGAAAGACGGUUGGUGGCAUGAUGUUGAUCAUGAAAGCGCAGGUGGAUGUGGUCUGCUGUAAAUCAGUAGGAACUGAUCUGUCCAUGCUGGAUAUUGAGGAUUUCAUCACAGAAAUCUGUCAGCUGAAGAAAGAGGUGGCUUCACUGGAGGCAAAGCUGAGAGAAAGAGGAGACAAACUGAACAGAGAGGAUGUGGAGCAGGUUUGGGUGCGUGAGACUGAUGGGACAGAAGCUCAGGAUUCAGUCUGGAGUGUCAGAGAUCAGAGAUCCAGAGACACACAGGACUCAGAGCUCAGCCUCACUUUACUCUGUUAUACUGACGCUCAGGAUCAUGAAUCCACUGAUCAAACCUCUGACUGUAACGCUGGAGAACAGCAGAUGCUGCAGACGCCGCUGAAGAUGUGCUCCGUCAAACUGGUGGACUGCAGGAACCUGAUCGAGAGCAGAGGAGAAGAAACCACCGCAGAGAAACAACAACAACACACUGAUGAGGAAGAGGAGGAGGAGGAGAAUAAUGAUGAGGAUGAGGAUGAUGAUGACGACAGUGGUGAUGAAGAAGAUGAAGAUUUCAUCCCUCCAGAUGAUAAAGGCUGUUUAUCUUCUGAUGGAGAGACAGACUUAACAUCAAAAGAGCAGCUGACGGUCAAGAGUUUCUCCUGCAGCACCUGUGGAAAAAUACUCAGUUCAGAGGGCCAUUUAAAGAGACACGAGAGAACACACACAGAACAGAAAAGCUUUAGAUGUAGGAGAUGCAACAUCAGCUUUCCUACCGCAGAAGAGAGGAGAAUUCAUUCAAAAGAGCACAGCGGAAAGGAGGAGUUUCACUGUGAACAGUGCGGGAAAGAUUUCAGCACCAAAGCAAAUCUUGUUGUUCAUAAGCGAAUCCACACGGGAGAAAGACCAUACAAGUGUCCUCACUGCGGGAGAAGAUUCAAUUACGGAUCUCAUCUGAAGAAACAUAUACGUUUCCACACUAAUGAGAGACCGUAUCAGUGCAGUGAAUGUGGGAAAACCUUUACAAACUCAAGCUCUUUAAAGUCACACCAGAGAAUCCAUUCUGAUGAGAAACCGUAUCAGUGCAAACACUGCGACAGACGAUUCCGUCAGAUUGCUAAUCUGAAUUGUCAUGAGAGGACACACACCGGAGAGAAACCAUAUCUGUGCUCCUACUGCGGGAAGAGUUUUUCAAAUCCAUCUCAUUUUAUAUUUCAUAAGCGAGUCCACACCGGAGAAAAACCAUAUCACUGCAGCAUCUGUGGGAAGAGUUUCGGUAAACAUAGUACAUUUAGAAACCACAAGAGGACUCAUACUGGAGAAAGACCGUUCAAAUGCUCACAGUGUGAAAAGACGUUUGCUCGAUCAGACGUCCUUAAGGUCCAUCAGCGAGUUCAUACAGGAGAGAAACCUUACUCCUGCUCCAUCUGCAGCGAGAGAUUUGCUUAUUUAGGUAGUUUUCAGACCCACCAGAACAAACACGCUAAAGAACAAACUGCUCCAGAAUCAUCAGAUUCUAUGUUGAGCAUGAAAGCGCAGGUGGAUGUGCUCUGCUGUAAAUCAGUAGGAACUGAUCUGUCCAUGCUGGAUAUUGAGGAUUUCAUCACAGAAAUCUGUCAGCUGAAGAAAGAGGUGGCUUCACUGGAGGCAAAGCUGAGAGAAAGAGGAGACAAACUGAACAGAGAGGAUGUGGAGCAGGUUUGGGUGCGUGAGACUGAUGGGACAGAAGCUCAGGAUUCAGUCUGGAGCGUCAGAGAUCAGAGAUCCAGAGACACACAGGACUCAGAGCUCAGCCUCACUUUACUCUGUUAUACUGACGCUCAGGAUCAUGAAUCCACUGAUCAAACCUCUGACUGUAACGCUGGAGAACAGCAGAUGCUGCAGACGCCGCUGAAGAUGUGCUCCGUCAAACUGGUGGACUGCAGGAACCUGAUCGAGAGCAGAGGAGAAGAAAUCACCGCAGAGAAACAACAACAACACACUGAUGAGGAAGAGGAGGAGGAGGAGGAGGAGGAGGAGGAGGAGGAGGAGGAGAAUAAUGGGGAGGAUGAUGAUGAUUUCAUUCCUCCAGAUGAUAAAGGCUGUUCAUCUUCUGAUGGAGAGACAGACUUAACAUCAAAAGAGCAGCUGACGGUCAAGAGUUUCUCCUGCAGCACCUGUGGAAAAACACUGAGUUCAGAGAGUCAUUUAAAGAGACACGAGAGAAAACACACAGAACAGAAAAGCUUUAGAUGUAGGAGAUGCAAAAUCAGCUUUCCUACCGCAGAAGAGAGGAGAAUUCAUUCAAAAGAGCACAGCAGGAAGAAGGAGUUUCACUGCGAACAGUGCGGGAAGGUUUUUUUCAAUCAUUCUAGACUAAAAGUUCACUUAAAUACUCACGGUGAAAAGUCGUUCCACUGCAGUGAAUGUAACAAGUAUUUCAGCACCAAAGCAAAUCUUGUUGUUCAUAAGCGAAUCCACACGGGAGAAAGACCAUACAAGUGUCCUCACUGCGAGAGAAGAUUCAAUUACGGAUCUCAUCUGAAGACACAUAUACGUUUCCACACUAAUGAGAGACCGUAUCAGUGCAGUGAAUGUGGGAAAGCCUUCACUGACUCAAGCUCUCUAAAGUCACACCAGAGAAUCCAUUCUAAUGAGAAACCGUAUCAGUGCCAACACUGCGACAAACGAUUCAGUCAAAGUUCUAAUAUGAAGAGUCAUGAGAGGAUUCACACCGGAGAGAAACCAUAUCUGUGCGCCCACUGCGGGAAGAGCUUUUCUGAUCCACGUUCUUUUAUAUUUCAUAAGCGAGUCCACACCGGAGAAAAACCGUAUCACUGCAGCAUCUGUGGAAAAAGUUUCAGUAAACAUAAUAUAUUUCAAAACCACAAGAGGACUCAUACUGGAGAAAGACCGUUCAAAUGCUCACAGUGUGAAAAGGCGUUUGCUCGAUCAGACGUCCUUAAGGUCCAUCAGCGAGUUCAUACAGGAGAGAAACCUUACUCCUGCUCCAUCUGCAGCGAGAGAUUUGCUUAUUUAGGUAGUUUUCAGACCCACCAGAACAAACACGCUAAAGAACAAACUGCUCCAGAAUCAUCAGAAUGACUUUCAUCAGUCAAUCUGGGAAAGAAAUCUUGUUUGGCUCGUCCUGAAAGUGUUCAUUGAGUUCUUACUGCCAGUAGGUGGCAGUGAACUUUUUAAUGUGGUGGACUGAUCCAAGUGCUGUAUAUAAUGUCAUGUUUGACUGAGUAGAUCAAUGAUUUUCUGUUAAACAAGACAGAACUAUUAAAAAUCAUCAUCAAAAAAACAAACAAAAAAAACACAGAAGUAGCUGGAUUACAGUGGGGUAAAAAAGUAUUUAGUUCAGCCGCCAAUUGUGCAAGUUCUCCCACUUAAAGGUCCCGUUUUUAGUUUUUUUUUAAAGCUUUAAUUGUGUUUACAGUGUGCAAUAUAACAUGUGUUCAUUAAACUGAUCAUUAAUCAUCGGCAUUAAACUGAUUGAGAUUGAGGAAGCUGU